AUGCGGACUUCCUUCACUGCAGCCGAGUGUCCGUUGAGCUGGCAGAAUAAGUGGGAGGGGCCAGAGGAACCCAUGCAGUACCUAAGGGCUGUGGUGACACGCGCUCUUGCUAUACAGAGUUGGGUGGAGCGUGCUGAAAGACAGGUUCUACUGUCUGAUGCUGUUGAUCUGUCUGAACUCUUCCACCCUGAUACCUUCCUCAACGCCCUGCGACAGGAGACUGCCAGGUCUAUGGGCUGUUCCAUGGACAGUCUGAAGUUUGUGUCAUCAUGGAAGAGUCCCAUAACAGAGGCUCAACUCCAAGUCAAGGUGGGUGGUCUGCAGUUGGAGGGCUGUAGUUUUGAUGGGGCUCGUCUGUCUGAGAACCGACAUGACUCCCCCAGUGUGUCAGCUGUACCUGACUGCUACAUGGCCUGGAUAGCACAGUGUUCCAGUGGCAGCUACAGUCCUGAGGAGGUCAUCUCCCUGCCUGUGUACACCAGCUCUGAGCGGGUCAGCGUGGUGACUCACGUCACGCUGCCUUGUGGAGGAAACCCUGACCAGUGGAUUCAGAAUGGAGCUGCCCUCUUCCUCAAACAGCAGUGAGACAGCCGGGCCAGGGAGCUGGGGUUGGGGUUGGACUGAAGGAGCACAGAGGGUACACAUGUUUCUCAGGAAGGUUAUCGGGCUUCACUACAGGUGUUUGUUGUUAUUUUUUAAGUGACGAUAGUCUGCAAUAAAAUGAGUAAUGACACAUGCUGGUUCUUGACUUUGAAACGCAUAGAUUAUUUUGGUGUCACGUUGCAUUUUGAAUGUUGAUGUUUUAAUGUUUACUCUUUAGUAUCAUCGUAGUCUGUUUGAAUGUAUUAUUGUGAUAAUAAAGCUUUAUUUACUCUA